AAAGGAGUCUUUGAUUUUUCUACAUGCUGCGUUAGCUGCUUCGAAGCGAUCUAGCCGUGGUGCCACAUCCUGGGACAUCUCCUUGUUGGGGUGGAAAAAACCACGAUGCAGCCUGCUCAGGAGCUCGUGACCUUCAGGGAAGUGUACGUGUACUUCACCGACGAGGAGUGGGCUUUGCUGGAUCAGGACCAAAGAGCUUUGUUUAUUGACGUCAUGCUGGAGAAUUACGGGAUCGUGGCCUCUCUGGGGUUAGUUCCCCAACCUGACCUAGUCUUCCAGCUGAAGGAUGAGGAAGAUCCAUUUGUUCGCCGUUUCGAGGAACGGGGGAAGUUGACAGAAGCUCCCAAACCUGACCCGACGUCCUGGCUGAAAGAAGAGGCAGACCCCUCCAUCCAAGAAUGUAGAGAAGAGGAGACAUUGGCUGGGGGUGAGCAAAGCAAUAAAAAUUCUACGGACCCACAUGUGGUUUCUAUAACAGGAAACAAUCCUGAAAGGAGGGAAGAAACGCUUGGGAAUCAAAGCGUAGGAAGAAGGCAGGAUGAAAACCAGGGUGGGGAAAGACCGUAUAAAUGCUUGGAGUGUGGGAAGACCUUUUCUGAGAAAUCCAGCCAUAAGAGACAUCAAACAGUCCAUUCCGAGGAGAAGCCAUACAAAUGUUUGGAGUGUGGGAAGACUUUCAGGUGGAGCACAAACCUGACUUCCCAUCAAAGAACUCACACAGGGGAGAAACCAUAUGUGUGUUCAGUGUGUGGAAAGAGCUUCAGUCACAACAGAAAACUUGCUUACCAUCAGCAAGUACACACAGGGGAGAAGCCAUAUAAAUGUUUGGAGUGUGGCAAGAACUUUGGAAAGAAGGAUCACCUGGUUGCCCAUCAAAGAGUACACACGGGGGAGAAACCAUAUACAUGUUCUGAGUGUGGAAAGAACUUCCGGUGGAGCACAGAUCUGACUUCGCAUCUUAGAAUUCACACAGGGGAGAAGCCAUAUACAUGUGUGGAGUGUGGAAAGAGCUUCAGCCGGAGCACGACUCUUACUUUGCACCAAGUAAUGCACACGAGAGAGAAACUGUACCAGUCCUUGGAGUGUGAGAAGAAUUUCAGCCACAGCUCAAGCCUUACUUCUCAACAAGUCCAUGCAAGGGAGAAACCACAUAAAUGCCCAAUGUGUGGUAAGAGCUUUAGGAAAAAGGACCAUGUGACUUCCCAUCUAAGAAUCCACACAGGGGAGAAACCUUAUACAUGCCUAGUGUGUGGAAAGAGCUUCAACCGGAAUGGUACCCUUACUUUGCAUAAUAGAAUCCACACAGGGGAGAAACCGUAUCAGUGCUCUGAGUGUGGAAAGAGCUUCAAUCAAAAGGUUAACCUUACUUCCCAUCAAAGAAUCCACAUGGGGGAGGAACCCUAUGCCUCUAAUCAGUCACCUCCAAUUUUACAGCAGCUGUGGGACAAAACUGUGUACUUCCAAAGUGCUAGUGAGACAUGUUUGCCACAAGCUGUGUGCCCAGGCGGAACCUCAUAAAGCUGCCUGUGCAAGAAAGCGCUCUUGCUGAUUCAAGCGAGUUAGCUAAGCCACACUGCACAGGGAAAAGAAAAAAAUUCCGAUUUCUUGAACCAGUGGAUAUUUUACCAUCCCUUUGUGUUAAGCAGACACAAUGUUGGCUCUGUAACUCGUGUACAAUACCAGACUCAGGAGUGAAACAAGGGAACGGCUGCUGUUGUAUUUAUUAUAAAACUGCUUGUGUCCCUGUUGCUAGGGAGGUGGAUGGGGUGGGAGAGUACAA